CAUCUUGGUGUUUCCAAUACUUUACUCAGAGACUGAUUUGCUCAGAGAGGAGCCAUGCAGAAAAUAUUUGUUUUCAUUUCUGCUGUUUACUUCAAGUCAUAUAUUUAUGCCUCAGGAAGCACUAACCCUGAAGAUUCCGGCAUUCAUGCCACAGACUUGGUCAAAAUCAAGAAUAAUACUCUCAUUUAUGGAUCUCUAGCAAAGAAAAUAAAGGACUGUAUUGAUGCUGAUAUCUCCAACAUAGACCGGUCACAUAUUAACACCUUAAUUUCUUUGCUUCAAGAAACACUUUCCAUAUAUAAAGAGCAUCAGUCCAAAGUUUAUGAGAAGAUCAUGAAUUCAACUAACUGCAAGAUGCCUCUUGCACCCAAAAAUGGUGGUUUGGUUUGUGUUUAUUUUGACAGCGUCUACUACUGCAAACCAAUGUGUAAUCAGGGCUAUGAUUUUUCCUUUAUGAGGAGAAGCAGGUUAUAUGAGAAAUGUGGGAGUGAAACUGGCUUUUCUUGGACAUCUCAAUAUAUUGGUGGAUCCAGACUAGCGGAAUGUAUUGCUUCAAGCAUUGAAGUAAGCGGGGUAUCAUCAGCCUAUUUCAGGACUGAUAAGUGUCAAAACGUUGUCCGUAAAAUGAAAAAAGAACAGAUGGAGAGCAAAGAACAGAAAUAUAUAGAUGAGUUCAUAAAAGAACUGGAAAAAGAUGAAGUAAACAAAGAUCACAAGAAUGAAUUCGAUUUUGUUGUGUGUGGAGAUUGAUAAAAUGUCAAAAGUAAAAAAAAAGUAUGAAGCCAAACAAUAUAAUUGCAGGUCUAAUUACCAAUAAGGAUCAGCAAUGCUGUAAUAUAAAAUGAUAAUAAAAUGAUUGUGUUCAACAAACACCAUAAA